UUUGCGUCCGCUCAUUUCGAUCUAGUAGCAUAGUAUGUUCAAUGCAAAAACUUUUGGCUAAUGCUCGCCGACAUAGAUUCUUCGAGCAGAACGUCAACCUAGAAGCAAAAUGUCAACGUUACACAACUCAGACCGACAUGUAGUUCAUCAACGUAUACUUUGUUGCUUUUCUGAUAUGCUUGUGUCAUGGAGACCUUAUUUCCGAAGUCUGCCGCCAGUUCUGCAAAAGAAUCACAUUCUGAGGCUUGGCAGAGAUGGUUUACGUGCAGAUUUCAGGAAAACGUGCAUAUUAGCAUGGAAAAUGGUGUAAAUGGAAAAAGACAUCUGAAUCACAAGAAUAAGCAAGAAGUUUGCUGUUUACUUCGAAAAAUCUGCUUUCUCCCAUUUUCCAUCUCACCAUCAUAACGGAGUUGUAAAUCAUGUUUCGUUUCAUCUUAUAUAUAAAGCUGAAU